AUGUUUUAUUACCCCACAGUGUUGAGGCGCCACACGGGAUGUUUUUCUACAAUCUGGCUUGUUGCUACAAAAGGCAUCAGAAUUCCUCGCCGGGAUAUCCUAAAAGUCAAUGUUAUAAGCACCUGUGAUGACAUCCUGGACUACGUGCUGGAGCAGGUCCCACCACCUGCGCCGGGUCUCCCGCGACCUCGCUUCUCCCUCUACCUCUCCUCCCAGCUCCAGUAUGGCAUCAUUGUUGUGUACCACCGUCAGUGUGCUAUUCUCCUGGAGGAACUUCAGUCCACUAUUGGCCAGCUGCUGAAACAGAGGACUGGCCAAAAAAUUGAUAUGGAUGACUACAGCAAACAAACUCUGCUCUUGCCGGAUGCUCCGUCUGUCCUGGAGGAGGCAGAAGGAGCUAUAGACCCCUUAUUCGGAGUGAUGUACAUGCAGGACAUCAUACCUAGUCCCACUGCACCGAUAAAGAUGGGAGGGAAAUAUCUGCGAGAAGCGUCUCCUGAACUCUCUGAACUGACCCCUCCGACCACCCUUCACAUAAAGAUGGAGCCUAAUUACAACAUGCCCAGAGACGUACAGUAUGUCAGGCUGUGUGCAGUGAUACGAGCAGAAGUGCCAACAGCCAUAACUGCAUCUCCAGACAGCAUCACCCUGAGAGAGACAGAGCCUGUUGUCAUCCCGACUGCAGAGUUUGAAGGUGCAGAGCUAGCUGAUCAUCAUCCAGAUACUAUUGACUUCCUUAUGGCCCAAACGGAUGACUUCCCAGAAGAUUUGGAGACAGCAAGAGAAGAAAUGACGGAGACAGACAAGGAAAGAGGACAGAGGGAGCUUGCAGGAUCCACUCUUGAGUUACAGCCCACCACUCCCUCCAGUGAAGAUGCCACUGUGUUGCCUCAGGAAGAACCACGACUGUCCGUGGAGAAGCCCGGACCACCGGAGGACCAGCUCAGCCCCGUCCCUGUACCCUCUCUUCCCUCACCACCAUCUUUAGCAGAGGAACGCAUCGAAAGAAGUCUGGAGUUAGAGCCCACCACUCUCUCUAGUGAAGAUGCUAUUUUGUUGCCUCAGGAAGAGCCACAACUGUCCGUGGAGAAGCCCGGACCACCAGAGGACCAGCUUACCCCCAUACCUGUUCCCCCUCUUCCCUCACCACCAUCUUUAGCAGAGGAACGCAUCGAAAGAAGUCUGGAGUUAGAGGUGCCAGCUUUUGUGUUUGAGAGACACUUCAGGAAGCUCAUUUUGGAUGUGCCUUUACCAGAGGUGACGGCGAGGAGGGGUGGGAGGAAGAGGCAGCUGAUCUUCUUCGACCCAGAGACACAGAUCCCCGAGGAUGUGCUGCAGCAGCAGAUCGACAACCCUCUGACUCAGACCAUGCGUCCCCUCUGCCCCCUGCCGGCUUCUCACAGGAGGCUCCCUGCUGCUGAGCUUCUCCGCAACCCCUGCACCUGCUUGCCUGAAGAGGUGAUGUUUCUAUGGAGACAGGCUGCGACUAUCUCGCCUCUCUCUGGCUCGGACCUGCAGGUCGGGGAGAGAGGACCUGAGUCAACCGACUCUGAGAAAGAAAAAGAGGCGGAGAUGGUUGAGAUGAUGGCUGAAAGAGAGGAGAGACGUCAGCUCAGCCCCAAGGAGGUCCCCAGAGAUGUGUCAGAAUCAGAGAUGUUUUGUAUUUCAGGCCAUGAUUCACUGCCUCUGGAGGGCUCCGACCAAAGAGAGGCGUCUCAAGAGAUCUCCCCCAAGUACCCAUCAGAGAGAGAAGGGUCCACUGUAUCCAGGUCCACACUGCAGGACAUCCCAGAGGUGAUGGAGGACAUGCCGAGUAGAGCGUCAGCAGAGUCUCUUGGGUUGAUGCCGGUGUUGCCUGAGCACGAAGUGGCACCUGUGGUUUUUCAGUCUCUUCUGCCGCCAGACGCUGACCGCAGAGCUGUCAGCAACAUUUUUCACACGCUUCUGGUGACGUUAUCAUCCAGGAAGGUGCGUGCGGAGCAGGACCAGCCUUAUGGGGACAUCUUGAUACUUCCUGGACCGAACUGGGAAGAGGGAGAUCUGGCUUUGUGA